AUGACUUCAAAUCGAUAUGAAAUUAGUAAUGAAAUAUAUAUUGACAAUUUAUUAACCGAGAAUGAUAUUCCUUCAUUAGUUAAAUAUUUAAAUAAUCCUACAAUAUACGCCAAUACAUCGCAUAUACCUCAACCAUAUACAAUAAAAGAUGGAGAAAACUUUCUUAGUGCAAUAAAAUCGAAUUUAGAACCGACCCUAUUUUUUAAUAUUCGUUUAAAUGAAACGGAUGAAAUGAUAGGUGGAUGUGGUCUUCAAAGUUUGAUUAAAAAUGAUAGGAUAGCAGAAAUUGGUUAUUGGUUAGGUGAACCAUAUUGGGGUCGUGUUUUUAUGUCUAAAGUAAUAGGAAAAGUCAUUGAAAUAGGUCAAAUUCAAUGGAAAAAUUUAGUUCGUAUUGAAGCACAAAUAUUUACUUGGAAUAAUGGAUCAAGACGAGUUGUAGAAAAAUGUCAUUUUGCUUAUGAAGGUCUUUUACGUCCUCGUUGUGGUAAUAUGCUAUUUGUAGAAGAAGGUGAUCGAUGCAAUCGAUUAGCAUGUAACACAUGUCCAUAUAUAUGUGAUCUUGUAACUAAAAUAACUGAACGACAAUAUACACGUUUAAAACCAGUUGAUGAUGUUCUUGGUGGUACAGCAGCAUGGGAAAAUGUUGAUAAAACAGAAGUAACAUGUCCAAAAUGUGCUUAUACAAAAGCAUAUUUUAUGCAAUUACAAACGCGUUCAGCUGAUGAACCUAUGACAACAUUUUAUAAAUGUGUACAAUGUGGUCAUCGUUGGAAUGAUUAA